CACUAGUCACUCCAUUUCCACUUUAGCCAAGUCACGACUUAAAACUAGCUUACUAUAAAGCCUCUCACAAACCCUAUCAUUUCUCUUCGCCUCAUUUCUCUUCCCCAUUUCUCUCUCUUACUACUGCGGCUAGGGUUUUUAUCAGUUCUACUAUAAGAGGUUAUCAUGGGUAAGGAAAAGAUUCAUAUCAGUUUGGUGGUCAUUGGCCAUGUCGACUCUGGAAAGUCAACCACCACUGGUCACUUGAUCUACAAGCUUGGAGGUAUUGACAAGCGUGUGAUCGAGAGAUUUGAGAAGGAAGCUGCUGAGAUGAACAAGAGGUCCUUCAAGUAUGCCUGGGUGCUUGACAAACUUAAGGCAGAGCGUGAGCGUGGUAUUACCAUUGAUAUUGCCUUGUGGAAGUUUGAGACUAACAAGUACUACUGCACAGUCAUUGAUGCCCCAGGACAUCGUGACUUUAUCAAGAACAUGAUUACUGGAACCUCCCAGGCUGAUUGUGCUAUCCUCAUUAUUGACUCCACCACUGGAGGUUUUGAGGCUGGUAUCUCCAAGGAUGGUCAGACCCGUGAGCAUGCACUUCUUGCCUUUACCCUUGGUGUCAAGCAAAUGAUUUGCUGCUGUAACAAGAUGGACGCCACUACCCCCAAGUACUCAAAGGCUAGGUACGAGGAAAUCGUGAAGGAAGUCUCCUCAUACCUCAAGAAGGUUGGUUACAACCCUGACAAAAUCCCAUUCGUUCCCAUUUCUGGGUUUGAGGGUGACAACAUGAUUGAGAGGUCCACCAACCUCGACUGGUACAAGGGACCAACUCUUCUUGAGGCCCUUGACUUGAUCAACGAGCCAAAGAGACCCUCAGACAAGCCCCUUCGUCUCCCACUCCAGGAUGUGUACAAGAUUGGAGGUAUUGGAACGGUGCCCGUUGGACGUGUUGAGACCGGUGUCUUGAAGCCUGGUAUGCUUGUUACUUUUGGUCCUACUGGACUGACCACUGAAGUUAAGUCAGUGGAGAUGCACCACGAGUCUCUUCCAGAGGCUCUGCCUGGUGACAAUGUUGGCUUCAACGUCAAGAAUGUUGCUGUCAAGGAUCUCAAGCGUGGUUUUGUGGCUUCUGACUCAAAGAAUGACCCCGCCAAGGAAGCAGCUAACUUCAUUGCUCAGGUCAUCAUCAUGAACCACCCUGGACAGAUCGGAAAUGGUUACGCCCCAGUUCUGGAUUGCCACACCUCCCACAUUGCUGUUAAGUUUGCCGAGCUUGUGACCAAGAUUGACAGGCGUUCAGGUAAGGAGAUUGAGAAGGAGCCCAAGUUCUUGAAGAAUGGUGAUGCUGGUAUGGUUAAGAUGAUUCCCACCAAGCCAAUGGUGGUGGAGACUUUCUCAGAGUACCCACCCCUUGGUCGUUUUGCUGUCAGAGACAUGAGGCAGACUGUCGCUGUUGGUGUCAUCAAGAACGUCGAGAAGAAGGAUCCAACCGGUGCCAAGGUUACCAAGGCUGCCCUCAAGAAGAAAUAAGUUGUUUGAUCUGACAGUUGCAACAUGUGAUGUAGCGGCUGAAAGUUGAAGGAUUCUUGAGUUUUUUUUUUUUUUUAAAUUACAGAGGAACCGGUUAUAAGACUUGAAUUUUGGCAUUUGUGACAUUUGAGGUUGAUACUUUGUUUAGCAUUAGUGUAAUCACUGUUGUCUGGUGCUAUUUAUCUGGAUUAUGCGCCUGAUCAA